AUGGAGUUCACACCGCUGGAUAGGUUCCUGGGCGCUUCUGUUGCCACGUCGCCGUCGUGGGACUCUAUCUUGGCGGAAGAGUCGCCGUUGUCGACGGCAGACACGGUGGGAACGGUCACAACCACACUCACUGGGAGUAGUGGACAGGAAGCGGGCCGUGCAGGAAGUACAGAAACUCCCGCUUGGAGCGAUACAGCGAGUCUCAACAAUCUGCUCAGCGAAAAUGCAUUGGAAUCGAUCAAGAGACAGCGAGCACAGAAUAAACUGAUUCAUUUGGACCCCAUACCGGAUUUUCAGGACCGUAAAGACAUAAAGACAUGGCUGCAGAAGAUUUUCUACCCACAGGGCAUCGAGAUCGUGAUAGAACGGUCCGACAAGAUCAAAGUGGUGUUCAAGUGCAAAGCUUCGAAACGGGGCCGUACCUCUCGAAACUCAGCCCCACAAGAUGGCAACACUCCUGAUGAGAAUCCAGAAAGCCCGCAAGCGGCCAAGCGGAUCCUCCAGCAGUCAAGACAGAAAAAAAGAUCGGUGUCGCCCUACAAUACGUGUCCCUUUCGUGUACGGGCCACGUACUCGUUGAAACGCAAGAAAUGGAACAUUGUGGUGAUGAACAACGGACACUCCCAUCCUUUGAAGUUCAACGCUGACAGUGACGACUAUAAAAACUUCAAGAACGUCCUUCGAGAACAGCAAGACUGGGAUGCGGUAAGGAAAUUCGACGAGCUGGAAACCAGAACUCGAUUCAAUUUGCCUAUCGAGCCCGAAGCAAUACCGUGUGACUGUGGACUUACGCAAGAAAUCAAGAGUUUUGAUAUUGUUUUGCCGACCUCAGAGGGCGUUAACAAGAGUGUAGACAAAACGGUCAGUAAGCCGGCUCACAAGUCGCAACAGCCACGCAAGAAAAAAAAUUUUGCUCACCUGCUAAGCCGAAAUACCAUGCCUCACGGAUGGGACUCCGUCUCAGUUGUAUCACAAGGAAGCGGUGGUGGACAGCAUGGUGCACCCGAAAUUGCGAUAGAAAGCGGCUUACCCACCUCGCAGCCCGUUGACCCUUCAGGAGCGAGUUGGGACCCAACCAAUUUCAUGGCAGCCACUGAGGAAAUCGAUUUCACGGACUUGUUCCUCAAGCCGUUGCCCCGCACAAAACAAGAGCCUUUGCAUGGGAGCACAAAUCCGCACCCAACAACGGAUCUUACAGACCCAACUCAGUGGGCCGUUGUCGAGAAUAAACCUUUUCUGGAUGAACUUCAAUUCCCCGCUGGCGAGGCCUUAUGUGAGUUAAAUCACUCAAACCACUGCGAUUGCAUCCCUUCGUCAUCAACCGCUACACCCUUCAAUGCAUCUCAGGCUGAAGAUGACGCUGGCAUAUACGAAAACAGGAAUCAGUCCCCACUAUAUCUUCAGCGACCGCAGUCUGAGGUUGGUGGGUUUUUGAAUAGCAAUAUGCGGAAUCUGCAUCUCGCCAAUCCACAUACGCAUUCACCAGCUCCCAACCAGGAUAUAAUGUGGGACAUGGCGAGCGGCCAUCAAUCUCAUGAACAAGUAUAA